GCGGGGUGGGGCGGAGCACUCCCUGGGUUCUGGCGGGGCUAUGGAGCGCGGGCCGCUGCCGUGCUACCUGCUGCUGCUGGCGCAGGAGAACCUGGAGUUCCGGCUGCCGGUGAGAGCCGGGGCGCAGGGGGCGGGGCAGCCCCUGCUGGGAGAUAAAGUCCUUGCUCUCACUUUGUGGUGGACAGUUCAGCAGUCAACAAGAAAUUUGUAUAAAUUCUCCAUUUUGGAUUCUCAAUAUUCCUUCAGAAGAGAUGGCAAGAGGACUAAUGAAAAGGACAGUAUGUGCAAACAAUCUAAUAAUCAUGGAAUUUCCAGGUCUAUAUUUGAACUGUGGGGUCACGGAAAAUCCGCAGAGGAACUGUACACAUCUCUGAAGAACUACCCGAUGGAGAAGAUGGUUCCAUAUCUACAGUCAAACUCAACAUACAAAAUACAUAUUCAUGCAUUUAACAAAACACUGACACAAGAGGAAAAAAUUAAAAGGAUAGAUGCUCUGGAAUUUCUGCCAUUUGAAGGGAAAGUGAAUUUAAAAAACCCAGAACAUAUCUUCUGGAUUCUGGAAGAUUAUGGAAUGGACCCUAACAACAUUCCAGAAGAACCUCUUGAUUUAUAUUUUGGUAGAUGGAUUGCAGAUGGGCAAAGGGAGCUUAUUGAGUCAUACAGUGUAAAAAGGAGGCAUUUUAUUGGGAACACAAGCAUGGAUGCCUGCUUGUCUUUCAUCAUGGCAAACCAUGGGAGAGUAAAAGCAAAUGAUGUCGUGUUUGAUCCAUUUGUUGGAACAGGUGGUCUUCUUAUAUCCUCCGCACGGUUUGGAGCAUACGUGUGUGGUACUGAUAUAGAUUAUAAUACUGUCCAUGGAUUAGGCAAGGCUAGCAGGAAGAACCAGAAGUGGAGAGGACCAGAUGAGAAUAUCAGAGCUAACCUUCGGCAGUAUGGUUUAGAGAAGUACUAUCUUGAUGCACUCGUUUCUGAUGCAUCAAAACCUAUAUGGAGGAAGGAAAUGCUUUUUGAUGCAAUUAUUACAGAUCCUCCAUAUGGAAUACGAGAAGCUACUAGAAGAACUGGUUCACAAAAAGAAAUACUUAAAGCAACGGAAAGAGGCACAGAAAAUCACAUCUCCAUUUCCUCGAACUAUCAUCUGAGUGAUAUCUUUUUUGACUUGUUAAACUCUGCGGCAGAGUACCUGGUGAUGGGAGGAAGAUUGGUGUACUGGCUACCAGUUUACAAACCUGAAUACACAGAAGAGAUUAUACCCCGGCACCCCUGCCUGAAACUUAUUAGUAACUGUGAGCAGAUGCUUUCCAGCCACACGUCAAGGCGCUUGAUAACCAUGGAAAAGGACAACGACCAGUAUUCUCACUUGUUGGAUUAUCAGUCUUUGCUAUACAAGGGUCACAAUGCCUUUCGUGAGAAGUAUUUCAGUGGUGUGACAAAGAGGAUUGCCAAGGAAGAAAAAGACAACCAGAAGUAAAAAAAAAAAAAUUAAAAAU